UGGUGUUCGGCCUCCCUGCGGCUUGGGGGCGCGGCACUCCCUCUCCAGGGAUUUGCUGCCCAACGGGUGUCGGCUGGUGCUGUGUGGUGGGUUGCCCUGCUUGCCCCGCUUGUUUCUGUUGUCCUUGUCUCUCUGUUUUGUCCCCCUCUAUCCCACACUCCCCUCUCUGUUUUCUUUUCUCUUCUUCUCUAUACCCUCCUGCUCUGGUCUGGCUGCUCCAAAUUUGCAUAACAACAAAACAUCAAAGUCAAAUCAAUUCUGUGUAACAGGGGAAGCGUAUCUCACACUUUUCCCUGGUAGAACAAAUCUGUUGAGCAUGUAAGGGCAUUUAGAUCAACAAUACUAUCUGCCCUUAUGGCUGGACAGGACAACAACAAAAAAAAGUAAAUCUAUGAACCCCUCAAUCAACAUCUGUGCAUUACAAGCUGCUGGUAGGAGAAAAAAAUCCAGAGACAAGACGAAGCAGAGAUAGAGUGGAGUGAAAAUGUGUUUGACCCCUUCCUGAUUUCUGAUUUUCUUUUGCAUGUUUGUCAGGCUUAAAUGUUUCAGAUCAUCAAAUAAAGUAAAAUAUUAGUCAAUGACAACACAAUUGAACGCAAAAUGCAGUUUUUUAAAUGAAACUUUAUUUUUAAGGGGGAAAAAAAAUCCAAACCUACAUGGCCCUGUGUGAGAAAGUGAUUGCCCCCCCUGUUCACACCUGAGUUCAAGGGGAAAGGUUAGAAAGCCAUUUUUAAAGCUUUGGGACUCCAGCGAACCACAGUAACAACCAUUACCCACAAAUGGUGAAAACAUGGAACAGUGCUGAACCUUCCCGGGAGUCGCCGGCAAACCAAAAUGACCCCAAGAACUCAGCAAAGGCUCAUCUGAAAGGUCACAAAAGACCCCACAACAUCCAAAGAACUGUAGGCCUCACUUGCCUCAGUUGAAGUCAGUGUUCAUGACUCCACCAUAAGAAAGACACUGGGCAAAAACGGCCUGCAUGGCAGAUUUCCAAAACUAAAACUACUGCUGAACAAAAAGAACAUUAAGGCUUGUCUCAAUUUUGCCAGAAAACAUCUUGAUAAGCUCCAAGACCUUUGGGAAGAUACUCUGGUCUGACGAGACAGAAGUUGAACUUUUUGGAAGGUGUGUGCCCCAGUACAUCUGGCGUAAAAGUAAAGCCGCAUUUCAGAAAAGAACAUCAUACCAGCAGUAAAAUGUUCUGGUGGUAGUGUGAUGGUCUGGGGCUGUUUUGCUGCUUCUGGACCUGGAAGGCGUGAUGUGAUAAAUGGAAGUAUGAAUUCUGCUGUCUAUCAAAAAAUACCGAAGGAGAAUGUUCGGCCAUCUGUUUGUUACCUUAAGCUGAUACCAACUUGGGUUCUGCAGCGGGACAAUGAUAACAUUUAUUAUCAUCUCUGAAAUGUUUAUGUUUAUGGGUUAAUUUCACCCAAAUCCCUACCUUGUGAUUUGUUUUGGUUUCUUCUUAAGCUAUAAUUGAACAUUUGUGACUUUAUUUUUGUCGUUCCUUUAUUGCCAUGGUUUGUGCUUUUAUUUGGAAGAUUCACAGGAUGUGCUGUUGCUCACGUCGUUAGUCCAUUUAUGUGCUGGCUGAGCGUUACCUCGGUGAGGGAGCAGCUAAACUCUAUAAUAACAUUUCACGGGUUAAAAUAUUGUUUUAUGUUAUGCAUAUUCAACCCAUGUCGUUAAUUAUUUAUAUUUCCUUAAUUACAUAUCGUGUAGUGUGGCUUUUGGGGAUGUUUUUGACUGUGGGAGCGCAAGCUAAAUAUUUAGCUAGCAGCCACGCUGGGUGUGUGCGAGAGCGUGCUAUCAUGCGUUGUGCUGAAUGUGCCUUAUUCCUGUACAGGGCUGUUGUUGAGGUGCUCAUGCGCAUGUCCUUUCCAUAUAUUCCACCACUGCAGUUUGACGCUACUUGGACUGAAAGGAAUAAACUCCUGUUCCAAAGCCAACUCUGUGUCCCUCCAUGGUGCACCAGAAACCAACGCAGUGUAGUUGGGACGUGCAGCCGCACACCCAGCUCGGCUACAUCAGGAUAUACUUUCGAAGCUUCUCAAGCUAGCUUAGCUUGCUAGCUGCUAACAAAGAGACCCGGAAUCUAUCAACACAUCACUAAGCGGUUGUUGAAGAAACAUUUGUAGUGGGAGAAAGAGUGAUAGCAGAGUGCGAGGAGGAACUUUCUCGAACAAAAGAGGGAGAACGAGCGACAACGUCAACUACUGGACGCUGUUUUCAAGAAGCCUCAAAUCGGGUUACACGGAGCAGACGUCAGUGAAGAACAUCUUCCCCUUGAGCAGCAGGAGUGGAGCUCCAGUAUGGACCAGAAGGAGCCACAGCCACCCCACAUUAAAGAGGAGGAUCCACAGUACCUCCCCAUUAAAGAUGAAGAAGAGGAGCCACAGCCCCCCCAUAUUAAAAAGGAAGAAGAGGAUCACAGCAUCAGUCAGGAGGGAGACUAUUUUGAAGGACUGGAGGAGUUCCCAGUGAUAUGUGUCACUGUGAAGAGUGAAGAUGAUGAAGGUGAAAGUGAGGAGAAGAGAGAGGUGGAGCCUCCAAGCAGCAGCUCAACUCAACACAUGACAACAGAAGCUGAUGGAGACCACUGUGGAGGAUCACAAGCACACAACCUCUUAGCUCCACUAUCAGAUAGUGACGACACAACGUCACACUCUCCUGACACUGAAGCUGAUAUGACAUCUCACACUGACAACUCCUGCUGGAAAUGCUCUCAAUGUGACAAAACCUUUGGCGGCAAGGGAAAUCUGCAAAGACACAUGAGACGUCACACUGGAGGGAAACAUUUUCCUUGUACAGUGUGUGGUAAAAAUUUCUCUCGGAACAUAUCUUUGAAAGUACACACAAGAAUACACACCGGAGAGAAACCUUUUCCUUGCACAGUGUGUGGUAAAAGUUUCUCUCGGAAGAUGUCUUUGAUAGAACACACUAGAAUACACACUGGAGAGAAACCUUUUUCCUGCGCAGUUUGUGGUAAAUGUUUCCCUUGGAAGAUAUCUUUGAAAGCACACACAAGAAGACACACUGGCGAUAAACCUUUUUCUUGCGCAGUGUGUGGUAAAAGUUUCCCUCGGAGGAUAUCUUUGACAGAACACACAAAAACACACACCGGGGAGAAACCUUUUCCUUGCACAGUGUGCGGCGCAAGAUUCUCUCAGCGGGGACAUUUGAAAGAACACACCAGAAUACACACCGGAGAGAAACGUUUUUCUUGCAUGGUGUGUGGUAAAAGGUUCUCUCAGCGAUCACAUUUGAAAGCACACACAAGACUACACAGUGGCGAUAAACUUUUUCCUUGCACAAUGUGUGGUAAAAGUUUCUAUAAAAAAGAUGACUUAAACAGACACACAAGAAUACACACCGGAGAGAAACCUUUUCCUUGCACGGUGUGCGGUAAAAGGUUCUCUCGGCAGUCACAAGUGAAAGAACACACACGUAUACACACUGGAGAGAAACCUUUUUCCUGCGCAGUUUGUGCUAAAGGUUUCUCUAAGAAGAUAUCUUUGAUAGGACACACAAGAACGCACACUUGAGAAAAGGCUUAUUGUUGAAUGUGUGGUCGGCGAUAAUACACCAAAAGGACAAAUAUGGCGGAACACUUGACUUUUUUUGACAGGACGCAUUCAGUUGGAUUUCAAAGAACACAAUAAGGGAAGUACAAUUUCGCAAGACAGUAUUACUCUUCGAAGAAGCUAAAGUUGUGCAGAAGAUGGACUUCUAAUGUAACUAACUGACAUGAUGAAAUGUUUGUUUCAUGUCUCACGUGUAGACUAGAGUAUUACAUAUUUGACCCUCUUGUACCAUAAAACAUGAUAAUCGCUCUUCCACUUCAA